AGUGCAGUGGCACAAUCUCAGCUCACUGCAACCUCUGCCUCCCGGGUUCAAGUGAUUCUCGUGCCUCAGCUGCCCGAGUAGCUGGGAUUACAGGCGUGCACCACCACAUCUGGCUAAUUUUUGUAUUAGUAGUAGAGACAGGGAUGCACUAUGUUGGCCAGGCGGGCCUUGAACUCCUGACCUCAAGCGAUCUGCCCGCCUCGGCCUCCCAAAGUGCUGAGAUUACAGGCGUGAAUCACCGCGCCUGGCCACUUUUAAAACAUUUCUAUCACCCUGAAAAGAAACCUGGUACCCUUUAGCAGUCACUCCUCAUUUCCCCCAUCCCCCGCAGCACUGGGCAACCACUAACCACUGACCUACUUCCUGUCUCUAGAUCUGGUGGAGAUGCUUUUUAAACUUUUUUUACUACCCUGUGGUCCCUGAGGAGCCUUACACUGAGAAGUUUUCUCCCAUUUUGUCUUUCAUUCUCCCCAUCCUCUUUUGUUCUAGUGCAUGGCAUGGGAAGCCCUCUCUAGGAGGAUGCUGUGGCCACACAAGCGCUGGACGAACCGCUGGAGUAGGUGACUUCCAAGGUGUCCUAAUGUAGUAGCUAUUAGACCAGCUCCUGCAUUUGGCCAGUAAUUAGCGUGCUGCUGCACAUUGCCACUAGAUGGUGCUGCUGCUCCAUCCCAACUAACCACAUGCAUCCCUGGCUGGGGUCAGCCUUGGGGUUUCCCAAGUGUAGAGGAAUCCAUCUCUGUGCCUGUGGUAAUGGCUGGACACCAGGAGAGACCCUGUCUCAAAACAAAACAGAAAUAACAAAAAAUAAGGUGACUUGCUUGAGGCCACAUGGCUGUGAGCCAAAUACAGAUCUGGGUUACCAGGGCUCACAUACUUCUAAGUACACCCUACUGCCUUGGAAUCUGCUGAAGACCAAGCCCCUGCCCCCAAGCCAUGGCAAAGGAGGAGGGAAGGAAGCAAAGGUGCCCAGUGGGGACAACUCGGGGAGGGGGGAGGUGCCCAGGGCCCAGGAAGGCCAAGCAGCAUGUGGCAGGGCAGCAUCAGGUGACACCCAAGAAGGAAUGAGGAGAGGAUGUGAGGAAAGAGCCACAGCACAGAGGCCUGCUGUUAGGUCAGUGGAGACCACGGCCCAUGGGACCUGGAUCUACCCUUGAUGCUAAUAAUAUUCUUUGGGGAAAAAAACUAUAAUCACAAAGUUUCUGCAACUGGACUGUAGUCAUGGUUGCAGAACUGUAUAGAUUUACUAGGAACCAUCAAAUCGUUCACUUACAAUGGGUAAAUUGUACAGUACAUAGGUUAUCCCUCAGUAAAGCUGUAUGAAAUUUAUAGUCAUGAAACCAAUAGUGACAAGGGAGCUGGGUAAGUGGUCUCAGCCAUGCUGUAGGCACUUUGA